AUGUCGUCCUGCUUUGGAUUUCGCAAAUCGAGACAAGAUGAUACCGAUCCUUUGCUCCCUCGGUAUCAAGAUGACACCUCGCUGCAAAGGCAACUUCAUCAGAAGUUGCAUACAUAUCAAAUGUUUCGUGCUUUAGGCAAAGGUUUCAUGCCGUCCACUGAGCAGAUCAUUAUCAAUUUGCGAACUUUGCUUGCUUCUGAUCUUUUGAACCCUGCCAAUCCAGAACUCAGUGACUCUGGACGUUUAUUGGUCAAAUACACAAAGCAAUGGUUAAUCGAGUUCAUCGAUCUUUUACACCACAAGAAUGGAGAUGACCAAAUCCAAGACUUCAUUUGGUAUCUAACCAAGGCCAGGGUGUCACUAGACGUAGCAGACCUGGCCGACAGGGCAUCUAAAGUCAGAGCAAAAGCAGAUACGACUGCAGCAUACCAGAGCCUGCGAACCGUGGGCAGCCUGCUACUAACCAACUCGGAUUUUCGAAUUUUCCUCUCUGAUCUCAAUGUUGUUGGACGCCAGGUAUUUGCAGACACAGCUUUCAGUUUGUCGAAUGUCGCAGAAACGGCUGGAAAGAAAAUUGAGCCGUCGCUGGAGGACCGAAAGACGAUCCAGGAGCCUGGUGCAGACCAAGGACAGUCCAUUACAACCGAGGACUUGGAGCACGAAGCCGCCGAAAUCUCUGAAGUGGUGGGCAACGGCUUGGCCAGGACCGGUAAGGAAGCAGCACAUAGCUUGACCGAAAAUCUUUCUGGAGAGCACAAGGACACACUCUAUUACCGUCUCAAGCAGUCAGUUCUCAAAUUGCGCAAACGUCAAGACUACUCCGACUCUGUUUCAACCAUUUCUUUGUUGAUUGAGCGCUAUGCCAAGGCGUAUUCUCGUGCUGUGGACUCUACUAUCGGUGCCGCGCAAGAUGAUCUACACACAAACGCGGAGCUUGAUCGGGCCGUGAGAAACUUUUGGUCGUUGAUAAGCUCCUUUGGCGACGAAGCACAGUGGAAAGAGCUAGAGAACCGAUUCCACAAGGUCAUGGAGCACUCUCAGAAAGAUCCCGAAUUUGAAAGCUUAAUGGUUGACGUAGGAAACUCUGUCCAGAAGUUGCUUACAGAUCCAGAUUUCUUUGAAGCUGCAGAAACGAAGAUCAAGGAGUUGCGUCAAAAGGCCCGCAGCUCGGACUCAUCUUUGCGAAAGGAUGUGGACAGUCUUCUUGAGCAGCUGCAAACGACAUUCCAGUCGGUCAUUCAUGAUGAAGAUAUAGCAAAGCUUAUAGCCACUACUUUAAAGCUUGUCCGAAUCAUUUCUCCGUUACACACUGCAACAAACGGGGAGCUCAUUGAUGACAGCAUCAACGUCUUCAUGCCUCUGCUAAUACAGGCCAUCCAAUAUGUACCCAUUCCCAGGCUCGAAAUAUCAGUUCCCGAGAUUGAUCUCUUGCUGGAAAAUCUCAUAAUCGAGCCUGGACGAACGGUCAACAAUACCUCGUUCCUUCCUUAUAGACUUCGAGUGGAAACGUACAAUGACUUGGAGAUUCGAAAGGCUCGUUUCCGCACCACAUCGACCGUGUCGUCACUUGUAACAAUCAAGCUUGAUGGAUUGUCGAUUCGUGCCGACGAGGUUGGUUUUUGGCUUCGUGCCCACUCCGGAUUGCUGCGGCUUGCGGAUGAGGGAAUAGCCUCGUUUCACCUGGACGAAAGGGGUGUUGAUAUUCACAUUGAUGUCGAAGUGUGCAAGGAAAGGCUUGAGAAGAUUUUAACUCUUAAAGAUGUUCGGGUAAAGAUCCACAAGCUCUCGUACACUCUACGCAAGAGUAAAUUUGCAUGCCUGGCGUGGAUUUUCAAGCCUUUGUUGCGGCCAAUCUUUCGCAAGGUCCUUGAACACCAGAUUGCCUCGGCCAUUGCCGAUGGCUUGCACGCGGCCAACAGAGAGUUGCUCUUUGCUCGAGAGAGGCUUCGAGCCACUCGAAUCUCGGACCCUCGGGACCUGGCCACGUUCGUCAAGGCGGUCAUCACUCGCUUGACACCAGCAGAGGAUCCCGAUUUCUAUGCUCGGGCAGGUAUCUCAGCACCCCGAAAGGGUUUAUUUGCUGGAGUUUAUGCACCGGGAAGUGUUGUCAAGCUCUGGAAUGAAGAAGCUGAGCGUGCAGGUGAGAUUGUUGAGGAUUAUGCCGAGGAUGGCUGGCGCAAUGAAAUAUUUGACGUGCAUACAACCGUCCCAGAGUAG